AUGGAGCCUGCCAUGUUUGAUGAGUUUGUGCAGAGAGUGGGACCAAGAAUACAGAAGCAGAAUACAUAUUAUAUGAGACAGGCGCUACCUCCAGGCUUGAACCUAGCCAUCACAUUGAGGUUCCUGGCUCCAGGUGAUAGAUACCCCAACAUCAUGUACAGCUUCCGCGUGGCAAGGAACACAAUCAGCCGGAUCAUCCGAGAAGUAUGUCAGGUCAUUGUAGAGGAAUGCAAGGAUGAGGUUACCAUCAUCCCUACCACUCCAGAAGAAUGCGCACCCAUUAAAGAGGUAUUCAGAAACAGGUGGAAUAUUCCUCGUGCCGUAGGAGCUUUAAAUGGCAAACAUGUGGCCAUUAGGAAACCUGCCAAGAACGACUCAUUGUACCACAACUACAAGGGCUUCUUCUUUGUGGUCCUCGUGGUCUUUGUAGGUGGAAAUCACAAGUUCCUGUGGGUGGACGUUGGUGCUUACGAAACAUUCCGGCUCAUUCCACAUCAAGUGUGA